AUGCCUACAGCCAAGACAUCAUCGCAGCCACUAUACCCAGCAUAUCUACCCACCCGACCGGAUGGCUACGCUGCAACAAUAGAUGUCCCGCCAUUUGAGGGUAAUGAGCCGGGUACUCGCGCCGAUCCGGCAAAACCUCACCUGCUUAGACCAGAUGUGGAAGUAACGAAUAUUACGCCUCGCAUCGGCACUGAGCUGAGAGGAAUCCAGCUCAGUAAGCUCUCUCAAGAGGGAUUAGAUGAGAUCGCUCUGUUCGCCGCAGAAAGAGGAGUCCUCGUCUUUAGAGACCAAGACUUUGCCGAUAUUGGAUUCGAGAGGCAACUUGAGAUAGCCAAGCACUAUGGGCCAUUACAUCAGCAUCCAACUAUGGGGUACCCUGAAGGCACGGGACCCGAGUUCCAUGUUGUAUUUGCCGACGAGAAUGCAGGAAACUUGAGGACACUCCUCGGUCCACGUACAUCCUACGACCUGUGGCACAUUGACCAGACUUUUACCCGCAACGUACCCUCAACCACCUUCUUCUGGGUUCUCGAGAUGCCCGCGUCCGGCGGUGGCGAUACGGCCUUUACCAGCCUCACGGCAGCAUACGAGGCCCUCUCGCCAACCUUUAAAAGCCUUCUUGCGCCCCUGAGCCUCUUUCACACCUCGGCAUCUGUGGGAGAAGUUGCCAGGGUGGGAACCGAGCGGGCCUUGCGUGAAGCCGUAUCGACAACUCAUCCCCUCGUGAUCCGGCAUCCCGUGACGGGCAAGCCUUCGCUAUUUGUCAACCCGACAAUUGCGCGCAGGAUCGAGGGCAUGCUGCCCGAGGAGUCGGAUACCCUACUCAAGUUUUUGAACGAUCAUAUCAAAAGCCUCGACUUUAGUUGUCGUGUAAGAUGGGAGAAGGGCUCCGUCGUUGUAUGGGAUCAACGGAGUGCUGCUCAUACUGCGGUUCCGGAUUUCAAGGACGGCGAGCGGCGGCACAUGGUACGGAUUAUUCCUUACGGGUCGCAAACAAAGCCUGCAUUUCCGGAUAUGUAUGGAAAGACGAAUGAGUCUACCUAA